UAGUCUCUGGGCCCAGGGGAAGGGGGCAGGAGGGGUGCCCAUAGCACCCCCCUCCCCCAUGAGCUUGGGGCUGGAGGACUCGCUAGAGGCCCAGCUGGCCCUGGAGACGGUUAUCCAGACACUGGAGAGCAGCGUCCUGGGGUCCAGCCAAGAGAAAGGCCUCAGUGUGCAGGGCCCGGCCCAGGACUCUCAGCCCACCCACCUGCCUGCCCGCAUCCGGGAGAUUGUCACCCGAAACCUCUCCCAGCCUGAGAGCACAGCCCCGCUGCCGGCCACAGAGAUGGCGUCACUGCUUUCACUGCAAGAGGAGAACCAGCUGCUGCAGCAGGAGCUGUCCCGCGUGGAGGACCUGCUGGCCCAGAGCCGUGCCGAGCGCGAUGAGCUUGCCAUCAAGUUCAACGCAGUCAGCGAGAGGCUGGAGCAGGCUGUGCAGCUGGAAUCGGGGGAGCUGGAGACGCUGGAGCCGAGGGGGCUGGUCCGACAGAGUGUGGAGCUGCGGCGGCAGCUGCAGGAGGAGCAGGCCUCCUACCGGCGCAAGCUGCAGGCCUAUCAGGAGGGUCAGCAGCGGCAGGCCCAACUUGUGCAGCGGCUGCAGGCCAAGAUCCUCCAGUACAAGAAGAAGUGCACAGAGCUGGAGCAGCAGCUACUGGAGCGGUCCACCGAGCUGGAGCAGCAGCAGCUGAGGGACACUGAGCACAGCCAGGACCUGGAGAGUGCCCUCAUCAGGCUGGAGGAGGAGCAGCAGAGGAGUGCCAGCCUGGCCCAGGUGAAUGCCAUGCUCCGAGAGCAACUGGACCAGGUGGACUCGGCCAACCAGGCUCUGAGUGAGGACAUACGCAAGGUGACCACCGACUGGACACGCAGCCGCCAGGAGCUGGAGCAGCGGGAGGCAGCGUGGAGGCGUGAGGAGGAGUCCUUUAACACCUACUUCAACAACGAGCACAGCCGCCUGCUCCUCCUCUGGAGGCAGGUUGUAGGGGUCCGACGGCUGGUCAGUGAGGUGAAGAUGGCCACCGAGAGGGACCUGCUGCAGCUGGGAGGGGAUCUGGCCAGGACUUCACGGGCUGUCCAGGAGGCAGGCCUGGGACUGAGUGCAGGCCUGCGGCUGGCCGAGAGCCAGGUUGAGGCAGCUCUGGAGAAGCAGGCCCUGCUGCAGUCCCAGCUGGAGGAGCAGCUGCGGGACAAGGUGCUCCGUGAGAAGGACCUGGCCCAGCUGCAGGUGCAAAGUGACCUGGACAAGGCCGACCUCAGUGCCAGAGUGACAGAGCUGGCCCUAGCAGUGGAGCAUCUUCAGAACCAGAGUCUGGAGAAGGAUCAGGCCAACAAGGCCCUCACAGAGAAGCUCGAGGUCCUGGAAUCCCUGCGGCUACAGGAGCAGGCAGCUCUGGAGACAGAGGACGGAGAGGGGCUGCAGCAGACCCUGAGGGACCUGGCCCAGGCCGUCCUCUCGGACACAGAGAGCGGCGUUCAGCUAAGCGGCUCGGAACGCACGGCCAAUACAUCGGAUGGCAGCCUACGGGGACUCUCGGGCCCGCGGACCCCGUCCCCACCGCGGCGCUCCUCGCCCAGCCGCGGUCGUUCCCCACGCCGAGGCCCUUCCCCGGCCUGCUCCGACUUCUCCACACUCGCCCUGAUCCACUCAGCCCUGCACAAGCGCCAGCUGCAGAUCCAGGACAUGCGUGGGCGCUACGAGGCGAGCCAGGACCUCCUGGGCACCGUGCGGAAGCAGCUCAGCGACAGUGAGGGCGAGCGUCGAGCCCUUGAGGAACAGCUGCAGUGUCUGCGGGACAAGGCUGAUGGGGUCACCCAGGCCCGUGAGGAUGCCCAGCGCGAAGUUCAGCGUCUGCGAAGUGCCAACAACCUCCUGAGCAGGGAGAAGGACAGCCUGGCCAACAGCCUGCAGGCGGCCCAGCAGCAGGCUGAGGAGCUGCAGCAAGAGCGGGAGAAGCUGCAGGCAGCCCAGGAGGAGCUGCGGCGCCAGCGAGACCGGCUGGAGGAAGAGCGGGAGGAUGUGGUACAGGAUGGUGCACAGGCACGCAGGGAGCUCGAGCGCAGUCACAGACAGCUGGAGCAGCUGGAAGGGAGGCGCUCAGGGCUGGCAAAGGAGCUGGUGGAGGUGAGGGAGGCACUGAGCUGUACCGCGCUGCAGCGGGACAUGCUGCAGGCCGAGAAGGCUGAGGUGGCCGAGGCACUGACCAAGGCUGAGGCUGGCCGUGUGGAGCUCGAGCUCUCCAUGACCAAGCUGAGGGUGGAGGGGGCCUCUCUGCGGGACUCCUUGUCCAAGCUGAGUGCCCUCAACGAGAGCCUGGCUCAGGACAAGCUGGGGCUGAACCGCCUUGUCGCCCAGCUGGAGGAGGAAAAGGCAGCCCUGUUGGGGCGGCAGCGGCUGGCUGAGCAGGAGGCCACCUUGGCGCGGGAGGAGCUGGAGCGGCUGGAGCAGCUGCGUCUGGAGCAGGAGGUGGAGCGGCAGGGCCUAGAGGGCUCCCUGCGGGUGGCAGAGCAGGCUCGGGAGGCCCUGGACCACCAGCUUCCCACGCUGAGCCAGGAGCGCAGCCGGCUGCAGGAGCAGCUGGCCCAGCUCUCCCGGCAGCUGAGUGGGAGAGAACAGGAGCUGGAGCAGGCCCAGCGGGAGUGGCAGCGGCAGGUGGAGGCGCUCGAGAGGUCAGCCCGGGAGAAGGAGGUGCUGGCCAAGGAGCGGGCCAGCCUGGCGGUGCAGCUGGCGGCUGCUGAGCGCGAAGGUCGGACCCUGUCCGAGGAGACCACACACCUACGCCUGGAGAAAGAGGCCCUGGAGAGCAGCCUGUUUGAGGUGCAGCGGCAGCUUGCCCAGCUCGAGGCCCGCCGGGAGCAGCUGGAAGCAGAAGGGCAGGCCCUACUGCUGGCCAAGGAGGCCCUGACUGGGGAACUGGCAGGCCUGCGGCAGCAGAUGGCAACUGCAGAGGAGAAGGUGGCGUUGGACAAGGAGCUGAUGGCCCAGAAGUUGGUGCAGGCUGAGCGGGAGGCCCAGGCCUCUCUGCGGGAGCAGCGGGCAGCCCAUGAGGAGGUCUUGCAGCGGCUCCAGCGGGAGAAGGAGGAGGCGUGGCGGGAGCUGGAGGCCGAGCGGGCCCAGCUGCAGAGCCAACUGCAGCGGGAGCAGGAGGAGCUGCUGGCCCGGCUGGAGUCCGAGAAGGAGGAGCUGAGCGAGGAGAUUGCAGCCCUGCAGCAGGAGCGGGACGAGGGCCUCCUCCUGGCCGAGAGCGAGAAGCAGCAGGCCCUGUCCCUGAAGGAGUCUGAGAAGACCGCACUGUCAGAGAAGCUGAUGGGUACGCGACACAGCCUGGCCACCAUCUCCCUGGAGAUGGAGCGGCAGAAGCGAGAUGCUCAGAGCCGGCAGGAGCAGGACCGGAGCACCAUGAAUGCCCUGACGUCCGAGCUGCGGGACCUACGGGCCCAGCUUGAGGAGGCUGCUGCGACCCACGCCCAUGAGGUGAAGAGGGUGCAAGAACAGGCCCGAGACCUGGGCAGGCAGAGGGAUUCUUGCCUGCGUGAGGCUGAAGAGCUUCGGACCCAGCUGCGCCUGCUGGAGGAUGCCCGUGAUGGGAUGCGGCGGGAGCUGCUGGAAGCCCAGCGCAAGGUGCGGGAGAGCCAGGAAGGCCGAGAGGUCCAGCGCCAGGAGGUGGGCGAACUGAGGCGCAGCCUGAGCGAGGGGGCCAAGGAGCGCGAGGCCCUGCGGCGCUCCAAUGAGGAGCUGCGGUCCGCCGUGAAGAAGGCCGAAAGCGAGCGGAUCAGCCUGAAGCUUGCCAAUGAAGACAAGGAGCAGAAGCUGGCAUUGCUGGAGGAGGCCCGGGCAACCGUGGGCAAGGAGGCUGGGGAGCUGAGGGCUGGGCUGCAGGAGGUGGAGCGCUCUAGGCUGGAGGCUCGGAGGGAGCUGCAGGAGCUCCGGAGGCAGAUGAAGAUGCUGGACAGUGAGAAUGCCAGGCUGGGUCGGGAGUUGGCAGAGCUGCAGGGCCGCCUGGUGCUGGGCGAGCGGGCAGAGAAGGAGGGCCGGCGGGAGGCCCUGGGCCUACGGCAGAAGCUGCUGAGAGGCGAGGCCAGCCUGGAGGCAGUGCGGCAAGAGCUCCAGGGGGCCCAGAGGAAGCUGCAUGAUCAAGAAGGAGAGUUCCGGGCCCGCGAGCGAGGCCUGCUGGGCUCCUUGGAGGAGGCGCGCGGAACUGAGAAGCAACAGCUGGACCAUGCCCGCAGCCUGGAGCUGAAACUGGAGACCGCGCGGGCCGAGGCUGCAGAGCUAGGGCUGCGGCUGAGCGCGGCCGAGGGCCGGGCGCAAGGCCUCGAGGCUGAGCUGGCCCGCGUGGAAGCGCAGCGGCGAGCUGCGGAUGCCCAGCUGGGAGGCCUGCGCUCGGCCCUGCGCCGCGGCCUGGGCCUCGGCCGCGCGCCCAGUCCUGCCCCGCGGCCAUCGCCGGACUCCCCGGUCCGAGGCGCACCCACUGGAGGAAGCGGGGAGGGGUUCAGCAGCCCCAGCUCCUUAGAACGCAGCCCUGGGUCUGAACCACCAUCCCCAGGACCUGCCACCUCCCCGGCACCUCCAGACCUGGACCCAGAGGCAGUGCGGGGGGCCCUUCGGGAAUUCCUGCAGGAGCUGCGGAGCGCCCAGAGAGAGCGGGACGAGCUUCGGACCCAGACAAGAACCCUGAGUCGCCAACUGACCGAGGUGGAGGCUGAGAGGGACAGCGCGACCUCACGGGCAAAGCAGCUGCAGAAGGCUGUGGCCGAGAGCGAGGAAGCCCGGCGCAGUAUGGAUGGGCGGCUGAGUGGGGCCCAGGCGAAGCUGGCACUGCAGGAGGAGAGCAUGCAGCGCAGUGAGCGGGAGCGCAGGGCCGCACUGGACCAGGUGGCUGCCCUGGAGAGAAGCCUGCAGGCCACCGAGGCUGAGCACCGGGUGAGCCAGGAGAAGAUGAGCAAGAUGAAGGCCAACGAGGUGAAGCUGGAGAGUGACAAGCGGCGCCUGAAGGAGGUCCUGGAUGCCUCCGAGAGCCGCACCAUCAAGCUUGAGCUGCAGCGGCGCUCACUCGAGGGGGAGCUGCAGCGCAGUCGCCUGGGCCUGAGUGACCGUGAGGCCCAGGCCCAGGCCCUCCAGGAUCGGGUAGACUCCCUGCAGAGACAGGUGGCAGACAGUGAAGUGAAGGCGGGGACCCUGCAGUUGACUGUGAAGCGGCUGAGCGGGGUCCUGUCCAAGGUGGAAGAGAGUGAGGGGGCCCUGCGGAACAAGGUGCAGGGCCUGACAGAGACCUUGGCCCAGAACAGUGCCAGCCUCACCAGCACCCAGGACAAGAACCUGCACCUGCAGAAGGCCCUGACAGCCUGUGAGCAUGACCGACAAGUGCUCCAGGAACGGCUGGAGGCCGCCCGGCAGGCGUUAUCUGAGGCACGGAAGCAGAGCAACUCCCUAGGGGAGCAGGUGCAGACGAUGCGGGGUGAGCUUGCUGACCUGGAGCUGCAGCGGACAGAGGCUGAGGGCCAGCUGCAACAGCUGCAAGAGGUGCUGCGGCAGCGGCAGGAGAGCGAGGCUGUAGCCCUGCACACGGUGCAGAAGCUGCAGGACGAGAGGCGGCUGCUGCAGGAGCGCCUGGGCAGCCUGCAGCGCGCCCUGGCGCAGCUGGAGGCUGAGAAGCAGGAGGCGGAGCGGUCAGCCCUGCGGCUGGAGAAGGACAGGGCUGCCCUCAGGAGAAUGCUGGACAAGGUGGAGAGGGAGAAGCUUCGCAGCCACGAGGAUACAGUGCGGCUGAGUGCCGAGAAGGGCCGCCUGGACCGCACACUCACGGGGGCUGAGCUGGAGCUGGCUGAGGCCCAGAGGCAGAUCCAGCAGCUGGAGGCCCAGGUGGUGGUGAUGGAGCAAAACCACAGUCCUGCCCAGCUGGAGGCAGAUGAGCAGCAGCGGCUAGAGCUGCAGCAGGAGGUGGAGCGCCUGCGCAGUGCCCAGGUGCAGACGGAGCGCACCCUGGAGGCGAGGGAGCGUGCCCACCGCCAGAGGGUGCGUGGGCUGGAGGAGCAGGUGUCCACACUGAAGGGGCAGUUGCAGCAGGAGUUCCGAAGGAGCUCAGCACCCUUUACUCCACCCUCUGGUCCCUCGGGGAAAUAA